CCACCCCGCAAACUUGUUUGUUUUGGUCCGUUUUGUUUAUUUUGAAAAGCCGGGUUGAAAUUUCUCAAAAAACGUUUUUCUCCAUCUCCAUCCAAUCAAAUAGAAACGAUCAUGCCCCGCAAGUGCAUCGUCCUCGGGUGCGACACCAACCGGCACUACUACGAGCAUGGCGUGCGGUUCUUCGCCUUCCCGCCGGCCGAGUACGUCGAGCAGCGGGACCGUUGGCGCCAGCUGGUGGGCCGCGACCCGGACUGGCGCAUCCCUACGCUUUCCUGCGUUUGCCAGCGCCACUUCCGGCCGGAAGAGUUGCCGACGGAGCGGAAGCUCCCGGUGGAGGUGGUUCCGUCGGUGAAUUUGCCCACCGAAGGGGAGGUGGUGGAAGAGCCGGAACCGGCUGCGAAGCGACAACGGGUGACGGAAAAGGUGGUUCACAUUGAGAUUGUUGCCAAUGAGGGUUGUGAGGAGCAACAGAUUGUUUGUAAAUUUUGUGGAAAGCAGUCUGCUUAUUCUGAAGAGUUGGCAUUUGAAGUCUUGCGGAGGAAUGAAAAGGUCCGGGAGGAGAUUUGGGACCUCUGUUGGACGGAUGAUGGUGACGAGGGGAACCUUUGCUACGGCUGCUGGCAUAAGAUGGUAGAAUUUGAGAUUUUCGUUGAACUUUGUCGGCAACGACAGGCGGAACAUCAUCAAGAAGAAUAUCUCCAAACUGAUGAGGAGGAGCAUGAAGUGGAGCAGGUUCUACUCUCUGAUGGGCAGGAACAGGACAAUCUGGACGAAGAGUUCGACGAACUGCCACAGCUCGCCGGGCUUACCGUUGAGGAGAUGAUCGAGGAGCUGGACAAGAUUCCACCGAGAACGGUGAAGAACUCCGGAGUCGUGGUUGACAACGAAUGCUGGGACUGCGGAGAAAGCUUCCCCAACGUGAACCAGAAGAAGGAGCAUCGGAAGAACUGUAAACUCAAAGGGACGCCUGAUUCGUUGAGAAAACAAGGUUUCGAGUGCGAAGUUUGCCACAAAACGAUGAGCACCAGAGCCGGAUAUCGAAACCACCUGGUCAAGAUCCAUAGUGAAAAGCUGGAAGGCGGUUACGAAAGUUGUCCAGAAGAACUGCUGCGCCUACAAUCCCGGAAACGAUUGAAAUGUCCGCUCUGUCAAUCCCAGUUUCACCAACUCUAUAUGCUGAAGUACCACCUUCGGACGCACCAGGUCAAGCAGCAAAACGACAUGGACGGACCGAGGAUCAAGAUGAAAGAUCGCGACUCGACCUGCAAGAUUUGCGGCAAAACCUUCGCUUAUCCUCCGUACCUGGAAAAGCACAUGAAGUUCCACCUAAAAGUUAGAGACUACCAGUGCGAUCUAUGCGAUAAAGCGUUCUACCUCAAGCAAGACCUCCAGAACCACAAAAACUCGGUCCACCUCAAGCACUGCUUUCUCUGUCCGGUUUGCGGAAAAUCAUUCGGCACCAAGAAGUACCUCGACCGGCAUCACCGCCAGCUUCACGAAGCUCCCCGAGAGGACCUAAAGUGCCCGCACUGCUCGAAGCAGAUGAGCUGUCCGGUUGCGUUACGCUACCACGUGAUGACCCACACCGGCGAGAAGAAUCAUCGGUGCGGAGUGUGUGGCGCUGCGUUCCGAAUGCGGUACGAGCUGACCCAGCACAGGAUCAAGGUACAUCGGGAGCGCAUCGAGGGCGUGAAGCUGUACAAGCAGCAGCAGCAGCAGCAGAAGGGAGCGAGGAGGAAGGUGCGGCAGGAGGACGAACAAGUUGAAGUAGGGGAUGGCGAGAUGGAGGAGCUCCAAGUUGACUGAAGAAGACUGGAUGAA